CCCCGUGACCAGGCUCCCCCGACCAUCCCCAUCCACAAUUCGAAUCAGGCAGACGCGGCUGCAUCGAGCGGAGGAACCAUGCCCUCCACAUCCACGCGCCUGGAUCCCUAGGUUGCUUCACGAUUCAACGAUGAAUCUCAGUGCGGAUUCAUUCACGGAUCUCCUCUUCAGAUUCUGUUCCCAUCCGGUUGCAACAGAGGGCGUCCCAGAUCUGGGAUUGCUAGAGGGGGAGGAGGAGGAGGAGGAGGAGCACGAAGAGCGCAUCCAUCCUAAUUUCCAGAACCAUUCUCCUUCAUCAAGCCAAGAUGGAGAGAAAUAUGGUGCCACAGAUUCAGGAACUCCUCCUCCUCAUGCCAUGCCAGAUUUCUCCAACGUCCCAUAUAUUGACGACAACAAAGAGACCUCGCCUGAAUUGCAUCCCACUCCAGUUCCGUGGACUCAAAGGGUCCGACUUGGCAAAAUUCAUGACAGCCGUGCCACAUUAUCGAGAAGGAGAAGUGCUUUGGAAAAGGCCGUGAGAAAUUACGCAGAUAAGAAGUCAGAGUUCGUCGUCAAGCCAGAGAUCAGCCAGGAAUUUGAUUCUUUGGCCGAUGCUUAUGACUUCUACAACCUAUUCUUUGGCUGAAGUUCCAGAGGCCAUGCCAGACUUCUGGCCUUCC